AUGAAUGCUCUCGCCCCCCGAACAAUGGCCUCCUCUCGCCAUGCCGUGCGAGCAUCUGCACAGGCCGCGGUCCGUCAGUUCCAUUCGACGCCUUCUCGCUUGGUCGUCCACCAUGCCCCAAAUGAGAAGACCUUCAGGAACCACCUCGCGCAGAACGACAAGGUCAUUGUGGACUGUUUCGCCGAUUGGUGCGGCCCUUGCAAGGCCAUCUCCCCGAUCCUAGAAAAGCUUUCCGAGACGGAUGAGUUCAAGCAGAUCCACUUUGUCAAGUUUGACGUUGACGAGCUCCCGGCGCUGAGCCAAGAACUGGGCGUCCGAGCGAUGCCGACCUUCUUCUUCUUUAAGGAUGGGAAGAAGGUGGAUGAGAUGGUUGGAGCCAAUCCUGGUGGGCUGCAGACUAAGCUGAAGCUGCUGUCUCAGAGCGCUGGCGUCUCGGGCCUCACCUCAGCCUUGUUGCUCUCGAAGAGUAUCGAGGGAUGUGACCUGACUAUCGUGGCCAAGCAUAUGCCGGGUGACUACGAUAUUGAGUAUGCGUCGCCAUGGGCAGGUGCCAAUUUUGAGCCGAUGUCAAGCAGGGAGGGGAGUAGAUGGGAGCGGCGUACAUGGCCAGAGCUGAAGCGGCUCACAGAGGAAGUUCCCGAGGCUGGGAUUCAUUUUCAAAAAAGCCGUGUUUACAGAAGAAACAAAGACAUGGAGGUUGAGGGGCAAUUGGGCCUCUUCGCCCUCGACCCCUGGUUUAAAGACCUGUUCGACGACUACCGGGAACUCGACAAGGACGAGCUCCUCCCCGGUACCGACUCGGGCUGCGGGUUCACCAGCGUCUGCAUCAACACGGCCAUCUACCUCCCCUGGCUCCUUGGGCAGUGCCGCAAGGCCGGCGUCGUCUUCAAGCGCGGGGUUCUCGGGAACAUCAGGGAGGCCAAGGCCCUGAGCCACACGGGACGCCCGGCGGACAUCAUCAUCAACACGACGGGCCUCGGCGCGCGCAAGCUCGGCGGUGUCGAGGACGCGGCGCUGGCACCGAUCAGGGCGCAGAUUGUGCUUGUGCGCAACGAGCUGCCGACUAUGCUGUCAGUCUCUGGCACGGAGGAUGAGCCUGCUGAUUUGAUCUACACCAUGCAGAGGGCCGCGGGCGGGGGUACGAUCCUCGGCGGGACCUACGACAUGAACAACUGGGAGUCUGCGCCGGAUCCGAACAUUGCCCUCCGGAUCAUGAGGCGGGUUGUCGAGGCGCGGCCUGAUAUUGCUAAUGGAAAAGGCGUCGCGGGUCUGGACGUGAUCCGGCACGGGGUUGGGCUGCGGCCAUAUCGCCACGGGGGUGUUAGGAUCGAGGACGAGAAGCUGGAUGAGAGCACGUGGAUUGUUCACAACUACGGGCAUGCUGGAUGGGGAUAUCAGGGGUCCUAUGGGUGUGCAGAGCGGGUGGUAGAGUUGGUGGACAAGAUCCGUGCUCAGGUGAAGAGCAAGCUUUCCGUCGCGUGGCGCCUCGACUCGGAAUUCUUCCCCCCAAACCUGCAAGACCCCACCACAACGUCAAGCUCGGAGCGUCAGAGGAGAGCUCCAAUGGCUUCCUCUCGAGCCCAAGGCCUUCCCGGGCCUGUUCGAUUCGUUCUCGAUGUCGCCACUCGCCGAAACGAGUAUGCCAAAUUCAUCCCUCCGCUGCUCUGGCUUGGUGAUGCGCUGCUCACCUGCGUCGUCAUCUGGAAGGUCCCUUAUACCGAGAUCGACUGGGUCGCGUACAUGGAGCAGGUGUCGCAGUAUGUCAAUGGCGAACGAGACUACACGAAGAUGGAGGGAGGCACAGGGCCCCUUGUCUACCCAGCAGCACACCUGUACACAUACACCGGUCUUUACUACCUGACGGGCGAGGGGAAGAAUAUUCUCCUUGCCCAGCAGCUGUUUGCUGUGCUGUACAUGGCUACCCUGGCGGUGGUCAUGCUAUGCUACUGGCAAGCCAAGGUCCCGCCGUACGUCUUCCCGCUACUGAUCCUAUCCAAACGACUGCAUAGCCUCUUCGUCCUCCGUUGCUUCAACGACUGUUUCGCUGUCUUCUUCCUCUUUCUCGCCAUAUUCCUCUUCCAGCGCCGGUCGUGGACGUUCGGAGCGAUUGUGUUUACGUGGGGACUGGGUAUAAAGAUGUCACUUCUCCUCACACUCCCUGCUGUGGUCAUCCUUCUGUUCCUGGGACGAGGGUUCUGGCCCUGCUUGCGGGUGCUUUGGCUGAUGGCGCAGGUCCAACUGGCAAUCGCGAUUCCCUUCCUCCCCGCCAACGCCAAAGGCUACCUGGGACGAGCGUUCGAGCUGUCCCGCCAGUUCAAGUUCGAGUGGACCGUCAACUGGCGCAUGAUGGGUGAAGAAGUCUUCCUCAGCCGGCCGUUCGCGCUUGCCCUUUUGGGGUGCCAUGUUGUGUUCCUGCUCAUCUUCAUCAUCGUCAAGUGGUUGCAGCCAGCCGACCGCCCGCUUCUGGACAUGAUUAAGUCUAUUAUACAGCUCAAGCCCCCAUUCACGCCGCCAGAGGAGCGGCGUGUAUCGCUCAAGGUCACCCCGGAGUUUGUCAUGACCACUAUGCUGUCCGCCAAUGUAAUUGGCUUGCUAUUCGCCCGAUCCCUGCACUACCAGUUCUAUGCCUAUCUGGCUUGGUCCACACCUUAUCUCAUCUGGCGGUUUUGGUCAAACCCCUUGGUCGUGUAUGGCGUUUGGCUGGCCCAGGAGUGGGCAUGGAACGUCUUCCCAAGCACCCCUAUCAGCUCGGCAGUUGUCGUCAACGUGUUGGGUCUCACUGUCCUCGCGGCUUACUUUAGCUCGUCAGAGGACGAGAGAGCUGCCCGGGCAGAGGCCUCAUCUUCUGAACCAAAGAAGACAAAAUAA